AUGUGGGGAUCAUGUUGUGCAGUUCCAAGCACCACCAACAAGGAUGUGGUGAUCCCUGAAAAUAUGGAGGACGAUACCGCCAAGGAGGUGCCCUACUCGCCACCCAUGUCCGGGCUCGACUCAGCGCUGACGACCGACAGAACUUCCGGAGGAGGAGGAGGAGCCUCUGGAGCCGCAGGAGAGACGACCGACUUCGACAAGAAGAAGAAGGCACGCUCCACCAUCGUGGAAGUCUUGGACGAUGCGGCGCCCAUCGUCCGCAACCGCAUCAACACCGUGAGGAGCACGCAUGGUGACAUCGAGACUCGCGUUUACACCGCCAAGCGGGGCUCAGCCAAGUCGCGGGGCUCGGCGCAGUCAGGCCGCGCCACCACGCAGUCAGGCCGCGCCACCACUCAGUCAGGCCGCGCCACCACGCAGUCCACCGCCACGGCCGGCACAGAUGGCACACCACCGGAACCACAACGAGGCAGUGCUCGCACCAGUGCCAUCACACAGGAAUCUGAAGGAGGGCGUGGAUCCACCCAGACGAAGCGCUCGUCCAUGCAAUCCCGCAAGUCGACUCAUUCCUCGGCCUCAGCGAUGAUUUUGCAAGGCAUGGGCUUGGAUUUGAGGCGGCGUGGCAGAGGUUCAGUCAUCUCUCAUCAUCAUGGACGCGUCCAUGAAGACUUUGACCUCUUAGAGUCCCUGGGCGUGGGCGGCUUCGGCGAGGUCUUCCGCGCCAAGCGCCGCAAGGACGGGAAGUUGUGUGCGAUCAAGUCGGUCGACAUAGAGAAGACCGACCCAGAGGUCUUUCAGCGUGAGCUGGAUCAGGCCCGGCAGCUGCGGCAUCCGAACAUCGUUCACCUGUUGACUGCGUACAAGGAUGAAGGCUCCUUUUGGCUGGUGAUGGAACUGUAUCCUGGUGGUGACCUGAUGGGAGAGGUCUUAGCGCACAACUUCAAGCGUGGGGAAAUGGGAGGCUAUCAAGUGGGCAUCCCGGACGACCGCCUGGCUCGCUAUGCCUGGCAAAUGUUUUCGGGCAUCGCCUAUUUGCACUACCACAAGAUCGUCCAUCGGGACAUCAAGGCUGAGAACUACAUGCGAACCUCGGCAGACGAAGACGAAGCGGCUUUGGUGCUGAUUGACCUCGGCGUCUCGGCGAACCUGAAGACGACACCGGUCCUCGAGGAGGCGGUGGGGACGUUGACCACCAUGGCACCCGAACUCUUCUUGGGAGAGUACGAUGAGAAGUGCGAUAUGUGGAGCAUUGGAAUCACGCUCUACAUGUGCGCAGUUUACCGGAUCUUGGGAGAUAUGGAGCCAUGGAACAAAGGCAAUCAGCACAUGUCAGAGGAUGAGAUGCAAGACUGUUUGGAGGAUCCGGAGUGGACUGUACCCUACGAUGAAAGGAGGUGGAAACUGAAGACUCCAGAAGUGUUGGAACUGGUGCAGCAGCUACUCCAGAGAGAGCCGGAGAAGAGACCUCGAGCACGGGAGGUGUUGGCCUCCAACGCCUGGGUCAAGUCUGGCAACGAUGAUGGUGCAAGCUGUUGCUUUGGCUGA